CGCCGCGCUGUCACCGAGGACUGUAGCCGAUGCACACGACAACACUUCGCUUCGACAUCUAACUCUUGAUCGCACCACCCUAGGCUCGCUGACUGCACACAAUCCUGAAUACACCCGCUCACUUGCCACCGCGUAUAACCCGCCCCAUCGCUGGUCCAUCCACCACCGCCGCCACCAUGAGCUUCCUCAGCGGACCGGAGUGCUCGACGGGUGCAAACCCGCUGGCACAGUUCCAAAAGCAGACAUCAGCGGACACUUCAUUACAACGCGAUCGUCUUACAGGAAGCAGUCAGCAAUCACUGGGUGGCUUCCGCAGCAAGCAGCCCAAUCUCGCCGAAGAGGCGGCCUUCCAAGAGUUCCAGAACGCCGGGCCAGUACUGGGAGAACAGCUUCCAAUCGACUCAUCAGCGUACCUCGAGCAGCUCCACCGGCGGCAAGAGCUGCAUGGUGCGAACCUCGAAGGCAACGGUUGGGCGGGUGAAUUUGCUCAGCAACCCUUCGCACCGCAGCACCAGCACCAGCAACCCCACAUCGACCGGAACGGCUUCAACGCCCAAGACUUUGCGCAAUUCCGCCAACGUCAGCUCUCGCCCAUUCAUCGCAACGCAUCACAAAGUCCGAGCUACCAGCAGCAAUCUUCCUUUCAGCGGCCGCCGAUGUAUGGCAACGACUACGGCGGAUUCGGCGGGAUGCAGAGACCGAUGAUGUUUCAAUCGCAGCAGCAGUCGAUGUGGGGUCAGCAACCGCAGCAGGAGCAGUAUGAGGGUAAGGGUAAGGGUCGGGUGCAGGAGCUCAGCGAUACCGAUUGGGAGAAGCAGUUCGAGGAGCUCAGUACGGCGGACAAGGAGGCGGAUAUGGAUGCGUUGGACCGGGAGGCGGAGAAGGCGAUGGAGGCGGAGUUGGAUCAGAUGGACAGGUCAGAGACCGGUUUCGGGGACUUCGAGGAGAUCUGGCGUGGUAUACAAGCACGAACUGACACUGCCAGGAACAUGCUUGCCCAACAAGACGAUCUUGCAGAACAUCUCGGCGAUGAAUUCGACCAGUGGGAAGGCUUUGAUGGCAUGGGUACGGGUGAGUUCGACGGACUUCGCACGCAUGACAACCGGAGACCGGAGCUCGGCAAUUACCUGUUCGAGGAGAACAACAUCUUCAAAGACGUGCCGAAUGCGUUCGAAGAAGGCAUGAAGAUCAUGCGUGAGGGCGGCAACCUAUCCCUUGCCGCUCUCGCUUUCGAGGCGGCUGUGCAAAGAGACGCCGAGUUCGUCGACGCAUGGGUGGCGCUAGGCUCCGCGCAAGCUCAGAACGAGAAAGAAGCUCCCGCCAUCCGCGCACUCGAACAGGCGCUCAAAAUCGACCCAGACAAUCUGGAUGCGCUGAUGGGCCUGAGCGUGAGUUACACGAAUGAAGGCUACGACUCCCUCGCCUACCGCACCCUCGAGCGCUGGGUCGGGGUCAAGUACCCACAACUCGGCGUCGCGCCGCACGAUCUCAGCGCGGAAGAGGAACUAGGUUUCACCGAUCGCCAUCAACUGCACGACAAAGUGACGAAUCUGUUCCUCGAGGCGGCGCAGAUGCAUCCAGAAGGCAGCGAUCUCGACGUCGACGUGCAAGUCGGAUUGGGCGUGUUGUUCUACGGCAGCGAAGAUUACGAUAAAGCCGUUGACUGCUUUACCGCCGCGCUCAACAGUGCCGAGAACGGCGCCAUGAAGCGAGAGGGAGAGGAACACCUCCUCUGGAACCGUUUGGGAGCUACGCUAGCGAACAGCGGACGCAGCGAAGAAGCUAUAGAAGCUUAUUCCCGCGCCCUCGAACUACGUUCCAACUUCGUCCGAGCCCGGUACAACCUCGGCGUGAGUUGCAUCAACCUAGGCGUAUACGAACAAGCGGCCUCCCACCUCCUCGGCGCACUGAGUAUGCACCGCGUCCUUGAGCACGAAACGCGGCAGAAAGCGGCUGAAUUAAUGAUGGAUGGGAUUGGGGGUGAUGUAUGUAGUGAUGUGGUGCUUGAAGGGUUGUUGCAGCAGAAUCAGAGCACGAACCUUUAUGAUACUUUGAGGCGGGUCUUCACGCAGAUGAAUCGCAGGGAGCUGGCGGAUGUGGUGGGGCCGGAUAUGAAUCUCGAUGCGCUGAGGGGCGAGUUUGACUUUUAG